AGAAAAGAAACAUGCAUGCAUCCACGAUGAGAACAGGGUAUGUAUCGGAGGCCGCCACUCCAAUCCUCCGCUUUCACCAUCACCGCCGCCCCCAAAUCCGAUCGGUCAGAGUCUGCAUGGAGCCACGGACGAAUGUGCGACCACGCAAUCCCACACGGGGAUCAGACGAAUACCCGAAAAUGGUGCAAGUCUGAGAGCGACCGUAUCUGUGGCCUUGGGGUUGGCGACUGGGGUCGUUGAUGUCUGUCCAUGGUAGUAGUAAUUUGGAACCUUUCUACGCAAUUGUGUAUAUGCAUGAUGAUGGCGACAAUGAUAAUUAUGAAAGAGGCUCGAAGUCGACAGCAAAGAGAUGGCGGAUAUGCAUGCAUUCGCCUGAUCACCUUCGCUGCCCAACCAAAGAAAGCACCCUUGUUCAUCGGCUGCUGACGCCCGGCAAUCCCCGCCCGUGGUUCCUUUCUUCCUUCGUGCAGCUAUACUCUCCCUGCCCAGGUGUGUUCCCAUCUCGCCGAACGGCCUGGUGCAUGCGGUUUCUCUCCUCUCCUAUCCAGGUACUGUACAGUACAGUACAGUACCUCGCCAGUGCUCGCUCGGCCGUCCGGCCCUUUCGUUCCCAGCCUGAUCGCAUUUCGGGGAGACGAGAAAGUCCACGCCGGCCGCACAUCGGGCCUGUUGCAAAUAUAGCGCAAGUGCGCAACUACAUUAUAGAACCAUUGACAGGUUGCGAGAGCUUUUGAUUAAAACGCUGAUCGAACCGGAGCGAAGCCGUGGACGCCUACCAUCGUCGGAGCUAAGUAGUGGAGAAGUUCACGCUGAACAACGAAAGCCC